AUGCAGCAGCAGUUCGUGCCUUCUUUCCAGGAUGACGAAGGAGAGGUGCCCUUAGCGUGUGAAAUGCGACAUAGGAGCCCCAAGGAACAUGUUUUCGUGUACGCAAUAGGAAAACCAAGCAAGCUUGGGCUCUCACUGAAGCCUGGCACUCGGUGUCCCAUCGUGGAAGCUGCUGCUGUGCGCUACGAGUCAAUAUUCAAUCGCGCCGAGUGCCUGCGCAACUCUGCCCAGGCCGUGGAAGCGUACCGUCAGAAAAGCAUCGGUUACCUGAGCCACCUGGUGGUGACGCUGCUCGGGGCGUGCGAAAGCUUUCCCGAGCCGCUCAUGGACGAGCACUAUAUCCUGCGCAUUACCUCUAAACCGAAGAAAAACGUACUGCUCGCCAACUCACCAUGGGGUCUCCUUCGAGGCCUGGAAACCUUUUCUCAGCUUGUAUACGGCCUUUCCAGUGACCUUUUCGCUGUCAAUAGCACCUACAUACGGGACUACCCACGUUUCCCUCACCGUGGCCUCCGGAUCGACACUUCGCAUCAUUUCCUCUCCCUGAGAGCCAUCAAGAGAACGCUGGACGCCAUGGUGAUGAACAAGAUGAACGUGCUGCAGUGGAAAAUGGUUGGAAACGACUCGUUUCCGCUGAGGAUGACCAGCCUGCUCGAGCUGAGCUCCAAGGGUGCCUUCCGCCUUGGUUCCCACGAGUACCGGGCUGAAGACGUCGCCAACGUGAUCGAGUAUGCGCGACUGCGGGGCGUGCGAAUUGUUCCCGAGGUGCACAGCAUGGAUAGCAUGGCUUCAGUGGGGCGUAGCCACCCAGAAUUGCUGUGCAAUGACUCUGGCUUGCUGGACCCGACCCACAAGGACGCCAUAAGCUUCACGCGCGUGCUGUACGCCGAGCUGGCCCGCCUGUUCCCCGACCAGAUGGUGCACCUCGGUGGACAGGACUUCUCGCCCUCAUGCUGGAACAACAAUUCUGACCUGCAGAGACGGAUUGAGGAGUCCAGAGGGAGCGUGAAGGCGUAUUCCACGCUCUUCUUCGACUCAUUAUUCCAGAUUCCCAAUCGUUUGCACAAGGCCGCUGUGGUAGCAGACGAAAUUAUUGAACGCUGGAACAUAACGGUACCCCGAAUCAUGCUCGUGGAAGUUCCGUCCUCUCGAGUGGCCGGACGCAUGGGUCCAGUCACGUCGGCUGGCCACCGAGCACUGGCGUUUUGUGAUGGACUGCUGGAGCACAACUGGACCCGCCUCUACACCUGCGAUCCGCUCGGGUUCGAAGGUGGGCCUCCCUGCACUCCAGGCAUCCAAGCAUAA